AUGGGGCCGGCGGAAGACGGUCACCAGGGCUUUCAGACGCCGCACAAAGGCGUCCCGUCGGACGGCCGAACGAAUGAGGACGCACGUUUCACGCUCGGAGGGCCGGACUCCUCUAUGCAGGGCCAGCAGCGCGUGAUCGACCAGCGCCCGACGCACGUCUACAGCUACUACGGGCCCUCCCCUGGACACCCCCUGUACGACGCCGCCCUGCACGAACCCGCCAGGGACGGCUGGCCCGCGGACCUGCACGACUCGUGGCACGGCCGCCCGGGCUUCCCGGGCUUGACGGGCCCUGGUCACGUGGACGGAGGACUGUACGACGUGUCCGACCACCUCAUGACGGACUGGCCCGGCCCGACCGCGACCGCCGUCCAGCCGGGCAUGAUGCACCACGACGUGCAGCUCCCGUGGGGCGACGCGUGGGGGCAGCCCGCGCCGACGUACGCCGAAGGACCGGGCGCGUUUGGCCACGCGUACGCGCACCAGGCCAGCGGCGCGGGCCGCGGCGACGCCUUUCCGCAGGGCGGAGGCGCUGCGACCCACGCGCACUUCCAGGGCGGCAGCGGGUGGCUCGCGGCGGGCGCACCGAGCGCGCUGGACGUGGGCGGCGCAUUGCAGGACGGCGGCGGCGAGGACAGCGGCGACGACCCCCGCGCGCCGCUGCAGGGGCAGGGCGGGCUCGUGUCCGGCAUGACGCGGCGCUUCCUGACGCCGCGCGCGAUCCCGCGCACGCACCAGCAGCUCGAGGCCCUCCGCAGGUCCCUGCAGGGCUCCCACCCGCUGCAGCGCCGCCAGGGGGCGUCGGACGGCGCGCCCCCGCCCGCACGCGGAGCGCAGAGGUCGGCCACCGCACCGCCCGUGGCCCGCCGCCGGGGCCGUGCGGGGCCCUCGAUCGCCCCCGCCGACCCCGCACACGGCGAGUUUGCGGUCAACCCGGGGAUGCACGUCGCCCUGGACGACCUGCCCUUCACGGACCUGCUGAGGGACAGCGUCCUGGACGACUCGCUGGCCGACAUCUGCGGCCAGGGCGACCACGACGGCGACGGCGCGUUCCGCCUCGGCGCGCCUGGGAGGCCGGCGUCCGGGCGCGGCAGCGGGCGCGGGCGCGGGCGCGGGCGCGGCAGGGGCGGGCAGGGCAGUGUGCGGCGCAACACGAGUAGCCCUGGGGACGCCGUCGGCGCCACGCGCGCCCGCCGGUCUGACUCGCUGAUGCUGCACGACUCCACCGACGUCGACAUGUCGGGCGGGUCGCCGCGGCCGCUGAAGCGCCAGGCGGCGGCCACGGAGUGCGUGAUGGCGUCCCCGACCGCCAGCCAGCCGUCCAGCGCGGACCACGCCCUCGUGGAACACAAGCGCGGGUUCCUGCACCCCUCCGUGAUGGCUGCGCUCGAAAUCCCGAGCAAGUCGCCCUCCGGCGCCAGCCACGCCGACGCCAGCAACGACGGCUCCGUGCUGAUGGUGCCGCCCGUCGCGGCGCACGUCGCGGCCGCCUCGGCCCUGUCGCCGGGCGCCAGCGGGCGCUCGUCCAAGCUCGGCGCGGUCUCGCAGCGCCCGAUGGUCAAGCAGGGCUCCUCGCGCUUCCGCGGCGUCACGAGGCACCGCUGGACGGGCCGCUUCGAGGCGCACCUGUGGGACAGCAGCGUGCAGCGGAAGCAGAGCAAGGCGGGCCGCUCGCGCGGCAAGCAGAUCUACCUGGGGGGGUUCCCCAGCGAGGAGGACGCGGCCCGCGCGUACGACCGCGCGUCCAUCGUGUGGUGGGGCGAGUCCGCGAUGCUCAACUACCCCUGGGACGACUACAAGGACGAGGUCGCGGUCCUGACCGCGCUCUCGCGCGACGCCGCGACCCAGCGCCUGCGCACCAAGGAGGCCGGGUUCGUGGACAACGAGGCGGGCUUCCACGGCGUGCUGCCCGCGGGCAAGGCCGGCUGGCGGGCGGUGUACCGGCACGCCGACGCGCGCGGGACGGUCGAGCUCGGGCGCUUCGAGGAGGCCGCGCAGGCCGCCAUGGCGUACGACCGCGCUGCCAUCGACGCGCUGGGCGUGCGCGCGGUGCUCAACUUCCAGCUCGGCGACUACUGCGACGAGGACGCGAUCCAGGAGCUGUACCGGCGGGAGUCGGGCGGGGGCGGCGCGGACCGGCGCUCGGGCGAGAGCUGCGCCGAGUGA